UAAAAAUAAGACAUUAAAUACUACAAUUGGUGAGGCAUACAUUGGAACACAAUAGGUGUUCCACUUGGUGAGGCAUAAAGUGGAAUGCUCGUGGGUAGGAAUUUUGUUGUUUCCACCCAUUUACUUGCUCUAGUGUUUUUUUCCCCAUUGAAGUUGCUCUAGUAUUAGCUUCAAUGGGCAGAGGACCAUUAUGUGUAGAGGUCUGAAGACUCAACUACAAAUACAAAAACAUAUACUUGUCACUCUAUGCAACUGCCUAUUAUACGGCAGCGUUUACUACACACAUUACCAGUCAUCCUUAUACUAUUCUAUCUAUGGUAACAGUUUGAUGCCAAAUGAAAUUUUUGGCCGAAGGCCAGUACCCCAAAAAAAUGACCUUGUUUUACCAUUGGCUUAUUUGGUUAACUCAAACCGACUUUGGUUUGGCACCAUUUUUUACAGUUACAACUAUACCUCCCUCUCUUUAACGAACUUAUAAAUGAAUGCCUCUCAACUGUAAAUCGUAAGGCUUAUAUAUAUAAUCUAUUUCCCUCACCUCCCCCUAUCUCUCUUUCUGACUGAAAAAUGUCUGAACAAAGUGAAAGAUCUCCAAUCCAACUCCAAGACAUGACCCUGGAUAAAGAAGCAGGACAAAAACUAGAAGUUCAGAAACUCCAAGAACUCCCUCAACAACAACAGAGAGAAGAUGAUCAUGAAGAAGAAGAAGAAGAACAUACUUCUACUUCUCUCAAAGCAUCCCAUGCAAUUACAGAACAGACUAGAGAAGAGCAGCCCAGAGAACAAGAAGAGAAAAAAGAAGAUGACGAAGACAAAGAAGUGGGCAAUAUCACUGUUUCACCACCUUCAGAGACACCAUUUAAACAAAGUGAAAGAUUUCCAAUCCAAGAACUCCCUCAACAACAACAGACAGAAGAAGAUACUGCUACUUCUCUUAAUGUAUCCCAUGCAGGAGAACAGACCAUAGAAGAACAGCCCAAAGAACCAGAACAAGGACAGGAAGAAGGAAAAGAACAAGAAGCUCAGAACCUCCAAGAACUCCCUCAACAACAACAGAGAGAAGAAGAAGAAGAUACUGCUACUUCUCACUACAACGCAUCCAAUGCAAGAGAGCAAGAACAAGGACAGGAAGAUGUGGACAUUUCCUCUACUACUUUACCUCUGAUGAUGAAGAUGAAGAUGAACAAGUGGAGAUCAUCUCCAGUGACACCAGCUAAACGUCCUGCCCAGAAAUCUGAUCUUAAAGACGAAGACUGUCAGGGAAUAAAGAAAAAGACUAGGACAAAGGUCACAUGCGAUAAGCCUCCAACAACAUUUCUUGAGUGUGUGCUAACAGAUGUUGAUUACGAGAUUGGAUUCUUGAAUUGCAUUAUUGAAUACUACCAUAAUAAUGCACGAUACCCAUACUAUGAUUACAUAGCUGUAGAUGAUUUCAUCAAAAAUUGGCUUGAAGUCGAUGCUACGCAACGGCAAUUGAUUGAUGUAAUAUUGAAGCUGAGAAAGAAAUACAAGGAGACUUUGGCCAAGAUGGGUGUGGCUAAGAAAUUCUCUGAUCCUCUUCAUCAGAGGGCAUUCAAUUUGGCGCAAAGGAUAUGGACUAAUUCUGGAUUCAAAGAAGAUUGGAAGAAUCUGAAGAAAUCACGGUUUAUUGCAUCACCUUUUCCAUAAGGAGCUGGAGGAUAAUUGCACCCUUGAUGUAUAUGCAGUUAAGUCAUUGUCAAUUCAUCAUCUUUACCAAGUUGAUGAUAAUUCAAGGGUGUUUAGUAUUCUUUCCUAUUCUAUAAACUGAUUGAGGAGAUUUUGGUUACCAUUUCAUACAUUGCUUCUUUAGUAUGGCAGAAAUGCACAUUGUUGCAGCUAGAUUCAGCUGUGAAAAUAAAAUCAUAUGCUCUAGAGUUUCUUGUCCUCAUCUUGUACAUGUUCUUUCCUUAUGAUAUUGUCGAGAUAGCAUAAGUUUUUGAUAUCUGUGUCCUGUGUAGUUAAAAAGAGUGAGUUUA